GACAACGAGCAACAAUCAGUUCUAUUUACGAUACGAGACGAGACACACACAAAUUUUCUUCUCAGGCACUCGGCUACUUCAGAUUAUCCACCGAUACCCUUAACAUGGACCCCAUUACGAGAGCUACAAUGGGUGAGCCACGCCCAUCUGAAGAGGUCGGAUACCUAAUAUACUGUCCUACAGAGGAAGAAUUAGAAGAUCGCUGUAUGGAAGAAGACUUCGAAGCUGACAUCCGAUAUGGAAAUGCAAAUAUCAGACAGGAGAGCAUGAUGUUAUCCCAGGAGUUACCUUCUGAAAGGGUCUCGACAGGCGUUGGGAGCUACCAUGAAACAAAUCAUACGCAAGCAGUCGAAAUGACACUUCCACAUUUUCUUUCAAAAGAUGGAUCCGAACCCCAGUUCGAUGCACCUCACAGCAAGAGCUUCAUGUCUGCUGAUCAGCCUCGCUCCGGUGAGGUGAGGCCACAGGUUGGGUUUGAGGGACUGCAUGUUGCUGAAUGUGAGAGAAAUCGCAUGGUUUGUCCUUCAAGUUCUUACCAUGGGGGCUGGAACUCGCAAGGAGGAUCGGGACGGGAUGAAACGAGAGAAAACACAAAUAGGGACACGUACAACUGUUCCUGUAAUACAUGUGCCCCUCAAAAUGCAACUAGAGGAUCCAGAAGAGAAGAAAAGCCACACCGGUGUUCUUAUUGCGGCAAAGAAUUUACCUACAAGAGCCGACUUCAACGUCACGUGAACAUCCACACAGGAGAAAAGCCUUUCAAGUGUACCGUUUGUGACAAAGCCUUUACACAAAAAGAGAGCCUUCAAAAUCACAUGGCAAUUCAUACAGGGAUAAAAUCUUCGCAGUGUUCUGUUUGUGAGAAGCGGUUUACACACAAGUCAUAUAUCCGUUCUCAUAUGGCAACCCACACGGGAGUCCGGCCUCAUGGGUGUUCACUUUGUGACAAGAGGUUUCUCACCCGUAAGGGACUAUCAAGGCAUAUGAAUUCACAUACGGGCGAGAAACCCUAUGAAUGUUCGGAUUGUAAUAAACGGUUUUCUCAAGCCUAUACCCUAACAAUGCACAUGCGCCGACAUGCAGGCGAGAAACCCUUUGAAUGUUCAAACUGUCAGAGAAGAUUUUAUACCAAGGCGAAUCUUGUCACGCAUAUGCGUACCCAUACAGGCGAACGACCGUUCAAGUGCACCGUGUGUAAUAAAGCAUUUGCCCAAGCAAGUGUUGUUUAUAUUCACAUGCGAACCCAUACGGGUGAAAAACCACACAAAUGUUCCAUUUGCAACCAACGAUUUACGCAAGGUUGUAGCCUCACCAGGCAUAUGAAAAACACACACAAAGGAGAAAGCCUUGAAACUACUGGAGAAUAGGAAUGGAGUAUGGUACGUUGGUACUCUCGUUGUCGACAUUUUUUUAAAAUCGGGCAGUUUGUCGGGGAUGAGAACCGCGAAUGUUCUACGCUUUUUGAACACGAGGCGUCACAAUAAUUGCCCCCUACGUUCAAUACAUAUAUGAAGGCAGUAUUUUGGAGCGUUGUGAAACGCCUGACCAAUCAGCCGCAACUUCCGGUGGCGUAACUAUCGCUCUCAAAUAGCUUUGGUUGAAGCCAUUUGCUAAAAGGUUGUCAGUGCGAGUCUACGAGACAAGAAUUUCGUACCAUAUUCCCAAUGAUUUAUAUGUUUAGCAGAAUUAACUAAUGCGUUGUAAAUAUACACAAUUGAUAAUGUCAAACGGGGAUGACGAGACAUUGUAGAGACAUAUGGAAAGUAGUCUGACCCUCGACUUUGACUGAAUUUUAAGCCGAUUAUACAAAAAAACACGAUCGCAACUUUUUUUUGCGAAAAACAAACUCAAUAUCAUUUCAACACCUUAAAGAUAAACUUGAGUUCUGGUAAAAAAA